AUGUCUGUCGCCGGUGCGAUUAACCCUUCGCCUGUCGCACCGAUCACGACUCGCCGCCGUGUUGGAGAUUCCCUGGACGUUAUCUCCGAGCGACCCUCGAAUUCUUCUGAUUACUGCAAUACAGUUAACUUAGCGGCGGCUGCUAAUAGCGUCGUUGUAUCGACGGAUUUGGACGGUGGAGAUGCGAGUGGUCAAGGCGGUGAUCCGUGUUCUUCCCCUUCUUCGGAGACUUCAUCGUCUACUGGAUCUCACUACCACCACGAUCACUAUCACCAGUUUCAUCACCAUCCAGUGAUUCGGUACCUUCUUCCUCGCAAAUUCCGGAUUCCGUUUUUCCGCGGCGGUGGUGGAUCGACGGUGGGUCAAGGGUUUAUAUCGGGGAGAAACGUGGGUCGUCGGAUCUUGAGUCUUCUCAUGGUUCUCGUGGUCAUGUCCGUGUUCCUCAGAAUCUACCUCAUGGGCGGUGUGCGCGUGGUUGACCAUGCGCGAUUGAAGGAGUUCGUCGUCGUUAGAACGCUCCGUGACGAUUUGUCGAUGGCUCAACGAGAAGAAGCUUCUUCGCAGCCAAUGCGUGUUCUCGAGAAGCUUCCCAUUCCGGAAAUUUGGCAGAAACCUGAAAGUGGGAAUUAUCGUCAAUGUGUGGCGCAUCCUAAGAACCAUACAAGGCUGCACCGAAAUACCAAUGGGUAUCUUCUAGUACACGCAAAUGGAGGAUUGAAUCAGAUGAGAACCGGGAUAUGUGACAUGGUUGCUGUUGCCAAGAUUAUGAAUGCAACGCUUGUUCUUCCUCUUCUUGACCAUGAAUCUUUCUGGACUGAUCCGAGCACGUUCAAAGAUAUUUUUGACUGGAGACACUUCAUGAACGUAUUGAAACACGAUGUUGACAUUGUCGAGUACUUGCCUCCUCAGUAUGCUGCCAUGAAGCAUCUUCUCAAGGCCCCUGUUUCAUGGUCAAAGGCUAGUUACUACAGAAGUGAAAUGCUGCCACUGUUGAAACGUCAUAAGGUGUUAAAGUUCACGCUUACUGACUCACGGCUUGCUAACAAUGGCCUGCCACCAUCGAUUCAACGAUUGAGAUGUCGUGCUAAUUACCAGGCACUGAUGUACGGCAAGGAAAUCGAGGACCUUGGAGAAGUAUUGGUUAACCGAUUAAGAAACAACAGCGAGCCUUAUAUUGCUCUGCAUUUGAGAUAUGAGAAGGACAUGCUUGCCUUCACAGGAUGCAACCACAAUCUUACGGCUGAGGAAGCCGAAGAUCUGAGAAUCAUGAGGUACAGUGUUAAACAUUGGAAGGAGAAAGAAAUUGAUAGCCAAGAGAGACGGAUUCAAGGGGGAUGUCCGAUGUCUCCGCGAGAAGCAGCCAUAUUUCUAAAGGCAAUGGGGUAUCCGUCUUCCACGACUAUAUAUAUUGUUGCUGGUGAAAUCUAUGGAAGCAAGAGUAUGGAUGCUUUCCGUGAAGAGUACCCAAAUGUCUUCUCUCAUUCAACUCUUGCGACUGAAGAAGAGUUAGAGCCUUUCAGGGAAUACCAGAACCGCCUUGCUGCGUUGGAUUACAUUGUGGCCCUUGAAAGCGAUGUUUUUGUAUAUACAUAUGAUGGAAAUAUGGCUAAGGCGGUACAAGGGCACAGAAGGUUUGAAGGGUUUAGGAAGUCAAUAAAUCCAGACAGGGUAAAUUUUGUUAGACUGAUAGAUCAUUUUGAUGAGGGUGUCCUAUCUUGGGAAGAAUUUGCUUCCGAGGUUAAGCGAUUAAAUAGAGACAGGAUUGGUGCAGCAUAUGCGAGACUGCCUGCUGCACUUCCCAGGCUAGAGGAGAAUUUCUAUGCGAACCCACAACCCGAUUGCAUCUGUAACAGGUCUCAUCCUGAGCAGCUCUGGAAAAAAUCAAGUCUAAGAACAGAGUCAAAGACAUGGAAGAAGAGUGCUUUAAGAUAG